AUGGAAGAACCAAACCCUGAACUAGAGAGUUUCCGCCAGCAAUGGCGCGCAGAAGUAUCCGCACGAGCUCAAGCCGAUGGCAACGGAGCUACUAAACCUUCCAAAGCACCACGCAGACCACCACCUAUUACGAGCCUUUCUUCAAGCAUACCACUGAAAUCGGUCAAAGAAGAUGAGGGUCAUGUCGAACCUCAAAUAUUUCCCCGCCUGGACGGACCCAGCAGUUCGGAAGAGCAUACCAGAAGCACCUCGACCAAGGAACCACAAUCAGCUCUGGAUCACUACGAGAGGGCGGUAGAGAGAGAAAGCCAAGGCAGUCUUGGGGACAGCCUUAGCCUCUACCGCAAAGCAUUCCGUUUGGAUCAUCGAGUCGAUCAGAAAUACAAGAACAAACACUUCCCGCCUUCAUAUUCGAAACACACGAACCCGAACUCUUCCAACGCAGCAGCUACAGUGCCCAAUCCUGCCCACCACUCCCUAGACGGACCCCCACAGACUAUAAAACAACUCAUUGCAAGAUAUGCUGGACUAAAUAUCGAGCCUGCCCCACCUGCUAUCGAAGGGACCCCUCCUCCCCCUUGUCCUCUAGCCGACUUACCGGAAGAGAUCCUCGUCCACAUAUUUCAAGAGGUGGCCAUUAUUGAUGUUGCAUCUUUCGUCCGACUAGCACAGGUCUGCAAGAAAAUGGCAUACCUAGUAACCAGCAACGAACAAAUAUGGAAACGGGUAUGCCUCGGAUCUGAAGUUGGAUUUGGGGCUAUGCAUUACCAAUGGCAACGAGAAGUGCUCGGAGGACCACUUAAAGAAGAUACCCUCGGCCUAGAUGAAGACUUUGAUGAGAUGGAGCCUUCUUUAAGCAAGGAAGCGAUCACAGAAGCGCUCUUACAUGCCGGAUAUUCAGCCUCAUGGCACUUGAUGUUCCGCUUCCGACCCAGGAUCCGUUUCAAUGGAUGCUACAUCAGCACAGUCAACUACAUCAGACCAGGCCAAGCAUCUCCAAACCAAAUAACCUGGAACAGUCCCGUGCAUAUUAUAACUUAUUACCGAUACCUCCGCUUCUUCCGAGACGGAACCGUCAUCAGUCUCCUUACCACCACUGAACCCGCAGACGUAGUUCAAUACCUCACAAAAGAGCUUCAAGAGACACACCGCGACGGAGCAGCAGCCCAUCUCCCUUCCGUCGUCAUGCAAAAUGCGCUCAGGGGAAGAUGGCGCCUCUCAACUGCUGGCGAUAGCCCAGACGCUGACCUUAAGGAUACCGAAGGCGAUGUGUUUGUUGAGACAGAAGGCGCGAGAGCGAAGUAUAUGUACCGCAUGAAAUUUUCUCUGCGCAGUGCUGGGAAGGGCGCCAGGAACAAUAAGUUAGUCUGGCAGGGUUUCUGGAAUUAUAACCUACUGACGGAUGAUUCGGGAGAGUUUACAUUGAGGAACGAUAAGGCGUUCUUCUGGAGUCGUGUGCGGAGCUACGGAGAUGGGGCAUAG